AUGUCGUCCUCAGAAGCGCCAACGAGCAAAUUGCAGCCUGGACAGAAGAGCGAAGUAGAUGCAGGGCAGACAUCCAAGACGGCCACGGCUCAACAGCCCGUGUUGCUUGAGGAGGACGAUGAAUUCGAGGAUUUCCCCGUCGAAGACUGGUCGCAGGAAGACACAGAAGUUCCUGGAGGGACGACUCAUUUAUGGGAAGAGAGUUGGGAUGACGACGAUGAGAAUGAGGACUUUAGCAAACAGUUGAAGGAAGAGUUGAAGAAGGUCGAGGCCAACAAAUAG